CAGCAGUACUGUGUCUUCCUAUGAAGCCAAGAUAUGCAGCAGCCACGUGAUGCAGCCGGCACCGGCGGCGGCGGCGGGGGCUUCUCCUGGGUGUUCGUCCCGGUGAUGUUCGUUUUGCUCACCUUCAACUCGGUCAUGGCGGUGUACCACUCCCAGGGCGACGCGGCGAUGGUGGCCUUCGUCGCUACCUCCUACGCGGACCUGGUUCUGCUCUUCUUCUGUCUCUGGCUCUACAAUAGGGCCACCCUCGGCUCCACCCGAAGGAACCGGCUCAAGGCGUCCGUGUGGAUGCUGACCACGAUGCUCACCUUCGCCUUCGCCUACAUGGUCAUGGGCGCGGCCAGGCUCACCCUCGCAGGGCAGGUAUGAAGUGCUGUCCUGACUUGUCGUUGUUAGACUAUGUAUAACUUCUGUACCUAUGUACGUAUUGUAACACAACCAUUAUAUAUAAUGAGAUAAGCCACCCUU